AAAAAAAAACAAUUUGAAUGUUUCGUUCAUUGACUAAAUUUUCAACCGUGGAAAGAAGAAAGUACCAAUUCUACCCUCAAUUAAUAAGUUUAAGGGGAUAGGGGUCCGGAAGUUGGGGAAGAAGAAGAAGACGGAAACAAUGGCAAUUAGCUUAGGUAGAGUCGUCGUUCCGUCGUGUACCAUUUCUGGAGAUCGGCUCUUCAUACCUAACUUCUCGGCCAUCUGCAGCGUCUCUUGUGGACGAAUCAAUGUCGGAACCGGCGUAAUUUCUGCUCGUCGACGCCGUGACAUUGGCGGGGUUUUAAUAUCUAGCUGUCUCUCUACGGAUUCAUCUUCUUCUCCACCGUCUUCUUCUUCUGGGCCGAAGACGAAACUCUAUGUCAGUGGGCUUUCUUUCCGCACAACUGAAGAUACCUUACGGGAUACAUUUGAACAGUUUGGGAACCUUAUACACAUGAACAUGGUGAUGGAUAAAGUAGCUAAUAGACCAAAAGGUUUUGCUUUCCUACGGUAUGAAACAGAGGAGGAGGCUAUGAAAGCUAUUCAAGGGAUGCACGGAAAGUUUUUGGAUGGAAGGGUAAUAUUCGUGGAGGAAGCUAAAACCAGAUCAGAUAUGUCCAGAGCAAAACCCAGACGAGACUUCCCCAAACCUCAAUCCAAACCUCGCACCUUUCGUACCUGGUAGCUCUUUUGAUUUUGUCUUCAUACUGUGUAAUGAAUUGUAUAAUUUUAAAUGUAGUUUUCAGAAUAUACAAUGGAGUCAUUGGUGAACUCAUUCCAAGUUUAAACCAGAGUAACAUUAUUUUAAAUAACGUAAGUCAUGUCAAAAUGGAUAAUAUAGCUUUUAAAAGAAGAAGGUAAAAUCAAUUUCCCUUUA